CACGGCACUUAUAGGUAUAUAUAAAGAGCAACUUCUACUGGUGGGCAAAGUUUAAUAUACAAGCAUAAUAUUCAUAUAUUCAUCAGUGUGUAUUCAACGUUGAUUAUUUAUACAGCGUUUAUGAAUUUGACGCGCUCGAUAAGAUAAUUAAAAAAGUAUUUGGGCAUCUUAUCAGUAACGUGUAGUCGCUACUCCAAGCAACAUGUCUACAGCGAUCAAGUGCCACAAACUCCUAACGGUUUUACUAAACAAGUCCACUGCGAAGUAUGUACACCACACCUCCAGAAGUUUUCACAUAUCAAGGGACUUACUGGCGAAAGUUUCAUACAACUUGACUGAUAUAGGAGAAGGUAUUAGAGAGGUCGCCGUUAAAGAAUGGUUUGUCAAGGUUGGCGAUAAAGUUUCUCAAUUUGACAAUAUUUGUGAAGUCCAAAGUGAUAAGGCAUCUGUUACUAUAACAAGUCGAUAUGACGGCGUUAUUGCUAAAUUGUAUUACGAUGUCGACCAAAUUGCUUAUGUUGGGAAACCGCUGGUGGAUAUAGAAACAGACCAGGCUGAAGAGACGAAUCAAAGCGAAGGUCAAGUUCAAGACGCCACUGAACAAAAAAGUGUUAAACAGGAAGAACGCUCCGUUAUUAGUACAAGUGGUGCGGAAACGUUAUGCAUUCCGUCCGUUAGAAGAAUAGCAAAGGAACAUAAUGUGAACCUAUCAUAUGUACAAGGAACGGGAAAAAAUGGACGCAUACUCAAGGAAGAUAUUUUGCUGUACAUCGAAAAGGGAAAACCGGAUGGAAGGGUUGUACCCGAUAUUGCUUCAACAGUCACACCACCAGCUCAAGAUAGAGUAGAACCAAUACGCGGAUUCACGAAGGCUAUGGUCAAAACAAUGACAGAAUCAUUGAAAAUUCCACACCUGGUAUAUUGCGAUGAAGUUACCGUAACCCAACUAUCAAAAAUUAGAAAGUCGUUAAAAAAAGAAGCGGAGGAGUCGGGAGUGAAACUAACAAUGCUUUCAUUUUUCAUAAAAGCAAUAUCAAACGCCCUACACAAAUACCCAAUUUUAAAUUCGUCGCUCGACGGCACGUGUGAAAACAUAAUUUACAAAGGUUCCCACAAUAUUGGCGUAGCGAUGGAUACCGAGGUUGGUCUUGCCGUGCCCGUUAUAAAAAAUGUUCAACAAUUAAAUAUUUUACAAAUCGCCAAAGAGAUCAAUAGAUUGAUGCAGUUUAGGAAGGAUGGACGAUUUUCUACCGAUGAUUUGUCCGGAGGAACCUUUACCAUUUCUAACAUUGGUGUGAUUGGUGGAACUUACGCGUCACCUGUCAUUUUGGCACCGCAAGUAGCAAUAAUUGCCAUUGGAGAAUCUAAGAUUUAUCCAAGGUUUGAUUCCAAUGGCAAUGUAAUUGCAGAAGAAAUUAUGAACUUAAGUGCAAGCGCUGACCAUAGAAUUAUUGACGGAGCUACAAUUGCUCAUUUUCUGAAAUUAGUGAAAAAACAGUUACAGAAUCCGUAUACUCUAUUUAUUCAUUAGUAAAAUUUAUGUAGCAAUUUGAAUCUGUUAAUAAAACAAGUUAUAUGUGGC